GACAGAUAUGAGGAAAAUGAACAAAAAUAGGAUAGAACUAGAAAGGAAGGCCCAGAACAGAGUGGCUUAGAGAAUGCUGGUUGGCGGCUUAUGCUCUGUUGAGAGUAAUAGGCGUAAGUAACACAGUAAUAUGUGAAAUCAUAAAGUAAGAGGAUUUAUUGGUAUCAUAUAAAUCAUAAGAAGAUUUUCAUACAUUUCGUCAAGUUAUUCCUUAUAAAUUCAUUGAUGAUUUUUAUUAGUUACAUUAGUUUAUUUGAAACUUUUUUCUUGGAAAAAUUGAAAAUUUUCAACCUGCUAGAUGAAAAAACGCACAUGCAUUGAUUCUCCUCUAAAAAUAUUCUGUCACAUUAGUUACCAAAAAAAGCGAUUUCAAUGGGUGAAACUAAUCAAGGUGAUAUACAAGGCAACGGUAAUGUCUGUCCAAUCACAACAUAUACUAUACACUCAAAUAUAUGCCCUGAUAAACUACUAAACACAUCACCAGUAUAUUCAGUUACAAAAGUAAUACAUGAAUUAAAUCCCAAUUCAUCAGUGCCUUCAAGUAAAACUGUAGUAAAAACAUCUUUUAGUUCAAACGUUACUUCAAACGGAAAGAUAAAUUUAUCCACUAUUUCUAAUUAUAACACAAAUUCUGCUACAAAUGUAACUAUACCAUCUUGCACAAAACAAAGUGGGAAUAUUAUUUCUACUAAUGUUGGUAAUAGUAAAAACAUUGAUCAGUCAGCUUAUAUAAUUCUGUCACAAAAUAAUUGUAUUCCAUUUUAUACACUACAAAAAAAUUCAUUUUAUAAACCAGCUUAUCGGCCACAGUUAUCAUUAUCUUGUCAACCUUCACCAAAUAUUUCAUAUAAUCGUACAUUUUCUAAUGAUAUUAAUAACGAUUUAGUAAAUCAGUCACGUGGAAAUGGACUCCAAAACUCCAUCAAUGUCACUGAAAAUUUGAAAUAUCCUUCAGAAAACGUAGACAGUAGUUCACUCUCACUCAAACAUAGACCAAAAGAUAGUUUCCAAUCACUAGAUGAAAGUUCAUCAUUUAAAUUGAAAAGCCAUCAGUUUUUUCAUCGAUUUCUGAAAUAUUCAUCAAAAUUUGGGGGGAUUACAAAAUCUGAAAAUAAUUCACCAUCAUUAUUAUCAUCCUCAACACCACCGAUUCACCGAAAUCCACAACCACUUAAAAACGCUUAUGCAUCUAGAUAUUGUGCUUGGAAUCCUAUGAUUUCAUCGAGUAGUGUUAAAUUAAUUGAUACUUGUUUAAUUAAAAAACCUUCUGGCUUUGGGUUGACGUUGAGUGGAGUUAUAACAUUUAUUCCAAAUGGUAUAUUAGAUGUCAACAUUAUAUCUAAUUUAUCGGACAAGCAAAAAGGGUUCUUUCAACGUUUAUUACAGAUACGAAGUGUGAGUGAUGAUGUAAUAACAUAUGAUAAUGAUUUAGUUCAAUCACUUGGAAAGAAUAAUUCAAUACGACCUGGUGAUAUAUUACUUGCUGCCGGUGGUUGUCGUUUAGCAGGCUGCACUCCUGAAUAUGCUGUACAGCUGUUGGCCAAGGUUCCAGUAGGCAGUGCUGUUCAAGUUACUUUACUUCGAGGACUAGGGAUUCCUGGAAUUUAUUCUGUAACCGAAGAUCAUAACUACACUAAACAUUUUAAUGAACCGAGAUCAUUCAGUUCGUGUUCUUCAAUGAGCAGUUCCUCAGAAUUGUCGCCGAAAAGGAUAAAUUCGGACUUCGAAUCUCAGAACGGAUCAAAAUGUGUGAGAUCCUACAUGGAACACUUUUGCUCAAAUUGUUGCAAUUCCCUACGAACUGUGAAGUUGGUUAAAAAAGAAAAUGAAUAUGGAUUCACUUAUUUUUAUACAAAUUAUGGAUGCUUGGUUAAUCAGGUAACUAGAAAUAACAUAAAUCAGUUAAAUAAAACAAAGUUGCAACCAGGUGAUUUGAUAGUGAAAAUUGGUCAUUUUGAUGUAGUUAAAUUAACUAAUACUCAAUUUUCACAAUUAUUGAGUGUAUACUUAAAAUCUGAAUCAAUACAGUUUACUGUGAUUCACGUUUGUUCAACUUGUUUAAAACAAGUAAAUCAUGCAAAUAUUCAUUCGAAUUCUAAAAAAUCUAAAAAUCAUUAUUUGGAUUUAAACAAAACUACUUCCACACCAACUACACCAACAAUAAGAGAAACAAAUAAAGCUGAAAUGAUAUCCUUCCUAAGAACAGUAUUAAAUGCAAAUUGUCAUGGAAAAAAAUCCACAAACCAUAAUCUACAAACAAAUGAUAAACACAGUUCUUCGAAUACUUCUGAGCUCAAUAAUGUAAACAAUUUAUUAAUGAAGAGGAAACCUGAAUCAUGGUUGCCUGUACAGUGUAUUACUCCAGGUAUAGGUAAGAGUGGUCCUUGUGAAACGCCAGACUUUGUACCGAUAUCACAAUUCAUAAAUACACUGAAAACAAACAAUCAUCAAAUCAAUGAUUCUUCUCAUUUAAAUAAUAUACCACAAUAUGAUUAUCAAAAAUUUGAUGUAUUCAAACAAAAUCAAAUAAACGAACAACAACAACAAUCAAUUGUAAACGAUAAACAUUGUGAUAAUCCUUUAUUAGAUCAAAUCUCUUCACCUUAUUUAUCACCAAUAAUACAAAUGAAAAAUUCCCAUAACCCAAUGUUGAAUAUUCCUGAAAUUAAUACUAGUAAUACAAAUUAUAAUAAUUUUACUGAAGAUGUGAAAAUUCGCUAUAGCACAAAAGAUGGAAAAUUAAAAUUUGUUAAGGAAAAUAUUGAGCAAAAUUUAUCAUGUAUCAUACCUGUAGAAGACAAUGGAAAUUCAAGCGAAUCAAGUCAAAAUUUAGUGGUAGGUGAUCUGUUAGUGGCUAUCGAAAAUCAUUCUGUAUUGAGCUGUAAACCUAAUGAGAUUGAAGAACUACUUCGAUCAGCAGCAAAGAAUAAUAAUGGUUUUGUUACGUUGACUGUUCGUAGAAUACAUCCAUCAGAUAAAGCUGAAUGCAUGAAAAUAUCAGAAGUACCAACAAAAGAUUCAAACAGUUCAAACAUAAUCAAUGUGGAGUUAUUGAAAGAGAAAGAUGAAGGUUUUGGUUUUGUGAUCGUCAGUUCUUUGAAUAAAGAGAAGGCAAGUGAAAUAGGUCGUAUAAUUCCAGGUAGUCCAGCUGAUAAAUGUGGACAAUUAAAAGUUGGACAACGUAUAUUGGCUAUAAAUGGUUAUUGUUUAUUUGGAAUUAAUCAUAUGGAUAUUGUAAAUCUUAUACGUCAAAGUCAACAACAAUUAAUUUUAACAAUUGAAAAAACUGGUUCUUUGUCUAAUGAACAACAUAAUAGCCGUAUUAACAGUUUAGAUACAGAUGAAAAUUUUAUCCCACCAGCUACUUCUACAAUGGCAUGCUCCAAUGCAUCUGUAUGUUUUCAUCCUACAAAUGGUUCGAAAACUUCAGAAUCAAGUUUGAAUAACAUCUCAACUAGAAGCUUAUAUUCAAUUACAUUACAACGUGGUCCGAAUGGUUUUGGCUUCUCUGUCCGCAGUGGAUUCGACUCGAACACAUCUCCGUUAAUUGUAUAUCGGAUAGCGGAAAAUGGACCGGCUUUUCAAGAAGGACAAAUGAAAGUUGGAGAUGAAAUUCUAGAAAUUAAUGGAAUUAGUACACUUACAAUGACACACCAACAAGCUGUCACAUUGAUUAGAUUAAGUGGAUCAACUCUAAGAAUUAUAUUACAACGUUUCAAUGAAAAUCAAAAUGAAUAUUCAUUUUAGAAAACAACAACAACAAUAGAUGAAUGCUUAUAAAAAAUACUUGAAGAUAUAGACAUAGGUAAAAAGUGUUGAUGAAUUUCAUCAUUUAAGUUUUGUAUAGAGAAAAUAUAUUUUCUAAAUUGUACAAUGAAUCAGAUUUUAAAACCUUCAUUAAAAAAACUAAUGUACAAUUCAUUCUUUUC